GGAGAUGCUAUCGUGUGCUGGAGAGCAUGCGUCCUAUGGCAAGGCAAUCGUGCUAUUGCGUUCACCUUGACUCCGCUCGUCUUAGCGCUGGGUAUCGUGGACACGGUGUUCAGGUGCAUGCCGAGCGCGAGAUGGACUCCCGACCGUCACGCCAUCGGAUCGGUGUACGCAGGUCUCACAUACGGCGUGGCCGCCUUUGUGCUGUCCUUCAGUACGAACCUUCUGGCCACGUUGCUUGUGGGAUACAGAGCCUGGUAUGAACCUAUCGGCCAUGAGCUCGGGAAUGCCGACGUCCGCUCAAUGAGGAUUUCUAGGAAGGCGAGACACGAGUUUCGAAAAUAUAUCGUCGUGGGACCCCUGAGGUCGCAGAUGGAGAAAGUGUUCGCCCUGUUGAUAGAGUCUGGAGCGGUAUAUUGUACCUUUUGGGUGGGUGGUCAUACUCGUCUCUUUCCGGGCACGGGGAAUCAUUUGAACCGGGCGAAUGCAGGCGGUUUCUGCCGUCUGGCAGAUAGGCUUGUAUGA